CGGCAGUCGGCAGCGUUGAGGCCACUUUAGCUGCCCCAUGACCUGUGAAGGGAAGAAGUCGAAACUGCAUCAAUGUUGCAUUAGUGUAAUGGUGGAUGUCCUAUGCAACGCGCCACUUUUCGAGCUCAUCCAAGCAUUCAACGAAGGCACUGCACUCAAGUCAUGGACAGCAGGGGAGAUUGCCGCCGAGCUCGGGUACCUCUACGUCCUGCAGCAUGCACCACACGUUCGGUUCGGCGGACGUACGAGCGAGGAUGUGUACCCGAGAGCGAAGGCGAUGGAUUUUGCGGCAAAAGGUGGACACAUCGUGGUUGUCGACUGGAUGAAUUCAAAUCCCAGGUAUCGUUCAGAGUGUACAACCAAUGCCAUAGACUGGGCAUCGUCCGCCGGCCAUCUCGACAUCGUGCAAUGGCUCGAUGCGAAUCGGUCCGAGGGAUGCACGAGCGCGGCACUUCACGGCGCGGCCGUCUCUGGUCACGUCGACCUCAUGUCGUGGCUACUCGAUCAUCGCAGUGACGAUGUCGAGUUCUCCAUGGGUACAUUCUACGACGCAGCUGAACACGGUCAGCUCCGUGUUGUCCAGUGGUUUGUUUCUCACGGGUAUUACCAACGUCCGGACGGUUUGAAUGCCGAGUACCCGUUAGACGGGGCAGCAAAGAACAACCACAUGGCUACGGUGGAAUGGCUGCAUGCGCAAGGCGACGACGCGUCCCGGGGGGCGAUGGAUCUUGCGGCCGAAAAUGGCCAUUUGGCCAUGGUGCAAUGGCUCCACGCCCAUCGACGCGAAGGGUGUUCGAUUGACGCGAUGAACUGGGCUGCCAACUGCGGCCACCUAGACGUUAUCCAAUGGCUCCACGCGCACCGCACCGAAGGCUGCACGACCAACGCCGUGGAUUUCGCAGCCGAAAACGGUUUCUUGACCACAGUCCAGUGGCUACUGCACCACCGGACGGAAGGGUGCACGACCCAGGCGAUGGAUUUGGCAGCGAAGAACAAUCACAUGGACGUCGUGCAGUGGCUGCAUCAUCAUGGCCCCGUGGGCUGUACGACCGCCGCCAUGGACGGCGCGGCCAAGGGCGGGCAUGUCGGCAUGUUGCAGUGGCUACACACGCAUCGGCAUGAAGGAUGCUCGACCAACGCCAUGGACUUUGCUGCAAAAAAGGGUCAUCUGGACGUCCUCGAGUGGCUCCACGCGCAUGUACCGGCGGCGGGAUGUACCACAGACGCCAUGGACUUUGCGGCCCAGUACAAUCGACUGGAAGCGCUGCAAUGGCUGCACCAACACCGACAGGAGGGGUGCACCGCGGACGCAAUGACGUUUGCGGCGGAAUAUGGACAUUUGAGAAUUGUGAAGUGGCUACACGACCACCGUCCCGAAGGCUGCACGGUGGACGCGAUGGAUUGGAGUGCAAAAAAUGGCCAUCUGGACGUCGUGGAGUGGCUGCAUCUGAAUCGAACGGAGGGCUGCUCGCCCGACGUGGUGGACACGGUCCUUCGAGCCGGGCAACUGCCUGUGCUGCAAUGGUGGUAUGCCCAUCGCCCUGAGCGAAGCACGUCGAACGCGAUGGCGAUUGCCGCUGAAAAUGGCCAUCUGGACAUGGUGCAAUGGCUGCACAACGUCGGGGAAACUUGUACGACCAAGGCCAUGGAUUUGGCAGCAGAAAAUGGCCAUCUCGAUGUCAUCGAGUGGCUGCACGUCCAUCGCGACGAAGGAUGCUCCCGGGAAGCCAUGGAUUUGGCCGCUGAAAAUGGACAUGUGCAUGUUCUGCAAUGGCUUCAGGACCAUCGAACGGAGGGAUGCACGCGGGAGGCACUGGAGUUGGCGAUAGCGGAAGGCCAGGUCAAAGCUGCCCGAUGGCUCGUCACGCAUCAACCUAGCAAGGCCAGUGUGGCUAAAUGUAUGGCAUUUGCUAAGAUGUAUGGAUUCGAGGACCUUCGCGAUUGGUGCGUCAAGGUGAAGGGGCAGCGCAAACCAUUGAACUCUCGAUAACGUUAAGUAAAGAUGUGCCCUCGUACUAUUUGUUAAACAAGUUCAGUUAUCUCUCUAUCGCUCGCAAACAAUAACAGUAGACGCCACAUCCACUACAGACUGUACCACGACUCACGAAAC